AUGGGGAAGUCUUCGAAAGAUAAGCGCGAUGCUUAUUACAGACUUGCGAAGGAGCAAGGAUGGCGUGCACGCAGUGCUUUCAAGCUCCUCCAACUUGAUGAAGAAUUUGACCUCUUCAAUGGUGUAACUCGAGUCGUCGACUUAUGUGCCGCACCUGGAAGCUGGAGUCAGGUCCUCUCGAGAGUCUUAAUUAAAGGCGAGAAAUUCGGUCGAAGUGCUUGGGAAGACGAAGAGGGCAAACUUCGACAACAAUUGCUGAAGGUCUUUGGGCAGGAGCUCUCUGCAGAAGAAAAAGAGGUGAUCAAUCAAAGAGAAAGAGAGAAGCAUAUCCUGAAACCUCGAAAAGAUGUCAAGAUCGUCGCUAUCGAUCUCCAACCCAUGAGCCCUCUAGAAGGCAUCAUCACUUUGCGAGCAGACAUUACACAUCCGGCCACAAUCCCUCUAUUACUGCGGGCCUUGGACCCAUCUUACGACCCCGAGACAAAAUCACAACAAGCUUCACAACCAGUCGACCUAGUCAUCUCAGAUGGCGCUCCAGAUGUCACUGGUCUGCAUGAUCUUGACAUCUAUGUACAAUCUCAACUCCUCUUCGCGGCAUUGAACCUCGCAAUGUGCGUGCUGAAACCUGGAGGCAAAUUUGUUGCAAAGAUUUUUCGUGGCAGAAAUGUCGACCUUCUCUUCGCCCAGCUGAAGAUAUUCUUCGAGAGAGUGAUUGUCGCGAAGCCAAGGUCAAGCAGAGCGAGUAGCGUCGAGGCUUUCGUUGUGUGCCUGAACUUCUCUCCACCAGAAGGCUUCAAGGCCAGUCUAGAAGAUCCAAUGGGUGUUGGCGACAGACUAGCAAAGAUGUCGAAGACAAAGCCACGAGAGCAACCUAUCAUGGCUGCCACAACAUUACAGGAUCCUACUACGGGUACAUGGUCUGCGAGCCCAGCAAUGGCGGCCCAUCGAAAUAAAGAUGGUGUGCUCGAGCUCCCAAUGCCCGAAAAUAUGGACAGGAUGGCGAGAGAUGGCAGAUGGAUAGCCCCAUUCCUCGCCUGUGGGGACCUUUCUGGUUUCGAUGCCGAUGCCUCAUACCACCUGCCUAAAGACCGAGUAACACUUGAUCCAGUGCAGCCUCCCACUGCACCACCAUACAAGCGUGCCCUCGAGAUGAGAAAAGCAGCCGGUGGAGCGUAUGGCAAGAUAACGUCGAAGUGA